AUGACAGGAAACGCAACCACCAUGUCUGGCCUCGCGACUUAUACGCUGCCACAGCUGCCGUAUGCCUACAAUGCUCUGGAGCCCUACAUCUCGGCCCAGAUCAUGGAGCUUCACCACAGCAAGCACCACCAGACCUACGUGACCAACCUCAACAACGCCCUGCAAGCCCACGUCGCCGCCAUCACCUCCAACGACAUCCCCGCCCAGAUCGCCCAGCAGCCCGCUAUCAAGUUCAACGGCGGCGGCCACAUCAACCACUCGCUCUUCUGGAAGAACCUGGCCCCCGCCGAUACACCAGAGACCAACCACUCGGAGGCGGCCCCUUUGCUGGUGGCCGAGAUUGAAAAGACAUUCGGCAGCUUUGACGGCUUCAAAAAGGCCUUCUCUGCUGCGCUCUUGGGCAUCCAGGGUAGUGGCUGGGGCUGGCUCGUCAAGGAGUCUACUUCCGAGAACAGCAGCAGGCUGCGCAUCGUCACCACCAAGGAUCAGGAUCCCGUCGUGGGCAGCGGUGAGGUGCCCGUUUUCGGGGUGGACAUGUGGGAGCAUGCGUACUACCUUCAGUACCUGAACGGAAAGGCCGCGUAUGUUGAGAAUAUCUGGAAGGUGAUCAACUGGAAGACGGUUGAGGGGCGAUUCCAGGGUAGUCGUGAGGACGCCUUUGCAGCCCUCAAGGCUCUGCUAUGA